AUGGCAGAGGAUCCCCAAAUCCAAUCACCCCUGUCAGUGUGCAGUGAGAGCUGUCCUCCAGGUACCCGCAUGGCCAGAAAAAAGGGGCAGCCUUUUUGCUGUUUCAACUGUGUACCAUGUUCUGAGGGAAAGUUCAGCAAUGACACAGACUCCAUGGAGUGCACCAGCUGUCCUGAGGAUUUCUGGUCCAGCCCUCAGCGUGACCAUUGUGUUCUUAAGAAAACAGAGUUUCUCUCCUACCAUGAGCCUCUGGGUAUCUGCCUGACAACCACCUCAUUGUUGGGCACAUUUAUCUGUGCUGUUGUCCUGGGGAUCUUCACCUAUCAUCGCAGUACACCCAUGGUACGCGCCAACAAUUCAGAACUAAGUUUCUUGCUCUUGGUUUCACUUAAAUCAUGUUUCCUUUGUUCACUACUGUUUAUCGGCCAUCCCAGGCUGUGGACAUGCCAACUGAGACAUACAGCAUUCGGGAUCAGCUUUGUACUUUGUGUCUCAUGUAUCCUGGUGAAAACAAUGGUGGUUCUGGCUGUGUUCAAGUCCUCCAAGCCAGGAGGUGGAGCCAGUCUGAAGUGGUUUGGUGCUGUGCAGCAGAGAGAGACAGUCAUGGUUCUUACUUCUAUUCAGGCAGCAAUCUGCACUGCUUGGUUGUGUCUGCUCCCCAAAAUCCCCUGCUCACCAGCUCCCCAUAAAAAGACUCAAUACCAAAACGACAAGAUACUUUAUGAGUGUGCAGUCGGGUCCACCGUUGGUUUUGCAGUGUUACUGGGCUACAUUGGCUUACUGGCUAUCCUCAGCUUCCUGUUAGCAUUUCUGGCAAAUCUUCCAGACAACUUCAACGAUGCCAAACUCAUCACUUUCAGCAUGCUGAUUUGUGCUGUGUGGGUGGCUUUUGUUCCUGCUUAUAUAAACUCUCCAGGCAAAUAUGCAGAUGCAGUGAAAGUAUUUGCCAUUCUGGCCUCCAGUUUUGGUCUCUUGUUGGCACUGUUUGGACCCAAAUGUUAUAUAAUCCUGCUGAGACCAGAGAGGAACACAAAGAAAGCAAUCAUGGGGCGAGGUGAAUGUAUCAAAUAA